GAAUGAGCAACAUAAUUUUCUGGGCAUGUUUGAUGAAAUAUUUUCCUUCUAAACAUAUAUCUCCUUUUAUCUCAGUACUUUCCCUGACUUUAUUUUCAGCACCUAAAUGAUACUGAAAGUACUUUUUUUCAGAAGUAGCUUCUAAACCUUAGAGCAGUACGACACAUUCACCGAUUCUGAAAAGAUAGGAUUAUUGAAUUUCAUAGCAGCCUUUCAUAAGUAAUCUUCAUAUUUUUCCAAAGUAAUGAAGGAAGCAUUUAUACUGUUCUUCUUACUCUGUAUGAUUCCCUUUUAUUUUGUAAUCACUCCUCAGUACCUCAAAAAAUAAGACAAUUAGCCAGGAUCUGUUUAAGCCUCCACUAGGGGGAGACAUUUGGCUAUUAAAUUCUUUUAUCCACUUUCCUCCACAUUUUCCAUUUUUCUAUAACACGUCCAUGUCUACAUGUUGGGAUUUAGACGUUGUCCAUCUAGAUGCCAACAUGUAGUUCUCUCUCACUUGACAUAAGAUUUGUUCUGGUCAUGGCUACUCUCACCCUGUUGGUUAAUCUCUUAGUAUUUACUGACCUGCCACUUAACUUUUCAUCUGGUGUCUGCUGUGCUUACACCUGUUUGAGUCAAAUUUUCCAAUCUGCUCUCCACAUGGUGCUCCUCUGAAGUCUCCUUGGAAAAAGGGCAGAGCUUCAAUAAUUAAUAAGUUUGAACUUCUGAGAAUUUUUUUUUUACUUGGAGGUAAAUCUGUUCUUUGGCCCAGGAUAACAUGUUUGCUAAAAGUUUGCAUGAUUUUUUCCUGAAGCUCUGCACAUUUGUGUCGAAGAAUUCAUGCACUUUGUUACUAGCAGCCUGGUGUCCAUCUGCGUUUUAUGUCUGUCGCAAUCAGGAGCUAGUAGUAAGGGUCUGGUGGCUGGAUAAUCUGGUUUUACAGAUUAGAAAAGCAGCACCGAGGAGCAGCAGGAGGAGGAGCUGAGAGGAGAGAGACCAUGUGGACUUCUCUGGACAAUGCUGCUUCUUUCUCAAAUGGGAGUAGGAGGAAGAACGGUGCUUGUGGAUGCUUUUCCGAGGACUCUUCUAAAAGUUUGGAUUUUCCUUUAAAGACACUCACUUUUGGAUAACUUUCCUGACCUUUGCAGAUCUUUUUCUGUUUAUAAUGUGUUUUAGGACCACAUUGCUUCUGGGAGGAACAUAAAGCAUGUCUUAACCACAGGUAUUUUCAAAUAACUCACUUCCAACUGGAUUUAAAAUUUACUUUUGCUGUUUUAAGAGUAUUGCAGAAAUGUACUGUGGUCAACUUUGUGGCUCACAACUCAUGCUUUUGCAAGAUGCUUGGAUUCAGUCAUCCCACUGACAGACGUGACUCAGUUUUCAACAACUUUGUGCUGCAAUAGCGCUGCAAAAUAUUUUUGUUGGAGUUGAUUCCUGUAAUCGAACACUGUUCAUACCCACCACCCGCCCCACGCCCUUUUUGUCAGGCAAAUCAAUUCAAGUCAAUAGUGUCCCUGAGAAGAGGAAAGCAAAGACAAAAACGGUGGGAGGAGACAAGGUGGGGGGACAGAGUCCCAUGUGGGUUUCUAUAUCUCAAUCCUAUCCUCCUAGAAAUGAAGGGGGGAGGCCUAUUGAGAGUUUGAGUGCAGGGGGAGGUCUCAACCACAUCACCUCCAGCAGAGAGUCCUGAGAAGGAGGCUUGGACAAGAAGGAGGAGUAGUCAGGGGGCUUAGGUCCUGGAGAGAAGGGGAGGGCAGGUGGGUUAGGGUCUUGCUCCGAGAUGAUCACAUACGUACAGUGCCUCUCAUCUGAGCCAGCGGUCAGUUGCUGGGACAGAGCCUGCUAUGAGGACCGGCCAGGCAGCAAGCAAACUCUGUGCUCUUUCAAGCCCUGCAGCAACAUGGGGAACAGCCUCCAGGGUCAGGCCUGCCCCAACCCCAAGACCCCCAAAUCAGAAGGCUGCCUGCGCAAACGUCUCCUCUCCGUUUCGAAGGUGCACCAGAAACAGGACUCGCUCUGGACGCCCAAACCACUGCUGGGACCUGUGGUUGAAGAGUCACCUGGUAAAACAACAACCUGUCUGGAGGGAAAAGCUGUGUCUAACCUGGACGAGGAGAGCAAAUGGACGGUCCACUACACGGCUCCCUGGCACCAACAGGAGAACGUCUUCCUCCCCGGCAGCAGACCGCCAUGUGUAGAAGACCUUCACCGGCAGGCAAAAGUCAACCUUAAGACUGCUUUGCGAGAAUGUGAUAAGUUGAGGAAAGAUGGAUUCCGGAGUUCUCAGUACUACUCUCAGGGUCCCACUUUCUCUGACCCCAAACAGUCCACCAGCAGUCUACAGGAUGACGAAGAUGAUGAAAAUGACAGAAAGUCGACGGCUUCGUCAGCGGAGGAUGACAAAUCUCAGCUCUCCGCGAGAUCCCCGACGCCGCAGGGUGGGAGCGAGGUGGGGGAGACGUCUGAAGUUGACGGGCAGGUGGUAUGGAACAAGGCUCCGCCCCUCCCGACCCCGGAGGAGAAGAUGAGGCAGGCGGCUCAGGCCGUGCCCACAGAUGUGGUGCCCAUCAACAUUACAGGGGCAGUGUUUGACCGACAGGCGAGCAUCCGGCGCUCCCUCAUUAACACUGACACCGUGCCCCGCCGGCCCAAGAAGGUCAAACGCAGAAAGACUAUAUCAGGGCUGCCUGACAACAUCAACCAGGAGCUAGCAGCUAAAGGGCGAGGCGGAGAACUUCGGCCACAGUCCAUGUUCAUCCCAGGACAGUACUCCACUCUGGGCCGAGUGGGGAGCGUCAACUCAACUCUCCGACAUUCAGCAACCAGAGACUCGAGCUGCCAGACGGAGGAAGUGAAGGUCGUCCCCCCGUCUAUGAGGAGAAUCCGGGCGCAGAGAGGACAGGGGAUUGCCGCUCAGAUGGCCGGUAUAUCUGCUUCCUCUUCCACGGGAAGCAUCUCCAUCUCCAGCAGCGACAGCUCGGGGGUCGUAAUGAUGCCCCAUCUAUUUAACGGAGACCCCUCCCGUUUUCACAGCCUCCCUCGACAAGGUGCCAGGGUGUCUCUCAGUGCUGAUCCUAUCUAUAGCAGCACGCCCAGAAAGCCAGAGGACCAGCCUCAGAGGCAGAUUGGGAAGCUUCAGGUUGACGACACGGUGGUGCACAUGAGGAAUACUCCGAGGAUGAACUCUUUACCUAGACCCAAGUCUCAAGAAGUGAGAGGGACACACCCUGCUGAGUGGGGUGGCAGCACAGCGUGCGUCGUCUCCCCUCAUGCUGCUUAUUCCACUUCCUACAUCCCCAAUGCCACACUCUCUAGCUCGACUGAAGUGAUUAGCCUCAAGACCUCCAGUCAGUCAGUUUCAGCUUACCCCAUGUCUCGAGCACUCAGCCGGGCUUCCUCUACCAACACCGACCAUUUGAUGUCCAGUCCAACUGCUUUCAUCCACAGUCCAUCCUUGACCACUUCCACCCCCAUGCACACACCUCAGGACAUUUGUCUCACACCUGCCAGGCCAACUAGUGAGUCGGGUCACUCAGACAGCAGUAUGCACAGCCGCAGCACCCUGGCCCCCACUCCACCAUCCUGCCUACCAGAAAAUAAUUGGAUCUAUGACACGCCUGAAAAUGUGAUGACCCCACACCGCACCCUGACCUCCAGCUGCUCAACUCCAAUCAAUCAGCUCUACAGCAGCUUGGAACACUCCUCCAGGACCACCACUGACUCAAGUUCACUCUACUCUCAGGAUAAUGAUGGGUACUACACCUCUAUGCACCUGGAUUCGGGUCUACGCUCCCGAAGUCACGGUAGCGGGCAUGGCGCCACAGCUGGACGAGCCUCCAGACACAGCAUGUAUGAGUGUCGCGAGAUGGUCGGUGAGGAAGACUCUGGAAGCCUCUACAGUGACCGCUCCCUCUCCCGCAGCAUCUCCCUCCGCAAGUCCAGGAAACCCCCGCCUCCACCGACUCGCACAGACUCUCUGAGACGCAAGCCUGUAGCAAAGAAGCCCUUAGGAGGCGUUGCCGCCAUUAGCGGUGCUAAUAUGCCGAAUGGCAGUAUGCUCAGUGAGACUUUGAUUGCUAGCUUGCAACAAAGCUUGCAGAUGGGACUGAGAGAAGGAAAGGGAAAUGGUGCUUCACCCUCCUCACCAUCGCACAGUCCAAGCAGUGACUAUGAUGACCCCUGGGUGAUGCGGUCACGCAGUCAGAGCAGCAUCAGUGCAGGUAGCUCUGCAGCCUCGCUAGCAGCUAGCGCCAAUGGUGUUGGCAUGCCAAGCGUGUACUCACUCUGCCAUGUCACACCCACCCCCAGUGACACCAGCAGCUUGCGUUCUGAUUAUGCAGAGUCCUGGGGAUACUACUCAGACUACCCUCGUGGCCAAAUUGACCAGAGGGUCCAGACACCUCCUGGCCAUGCUGCAGACAGGGUCACAACUGGGGGUCAUCCAGGAAAGUUUCAGAAAGCAGGUCAGACCCAGGGGGCUCCAUCUCAGGAAGUAGAGGUGUCUGCAAAAAGCAAACCCUCCAACUCCUCACCGGACCGGGUGCACAGACUCACCUCCCCAUCCAGCGGCUAUUCCAGUCAGUCCAACACCCCCACAGCUGGAACGCCGGUACCUGCAUUUGUCAGGUCCAUGUCUCCGUCAGGUGGAAAACCUAGACCGAAAGUCCCGGAGAGAAAGUCGUCUCUCCUCUCCUCGGUUUCUGUCUCAUCCUCCUCUACUUCGCUGUCCUCCAACACCUCAGACAGUCUGAAGUGCUCUGGUCCCCCUCCACCACCUCCACCACUACUGUUCUCCUCCUCAGCUCCCACCACCCCUCUCAAUGCACCUCCACCCUUCCCUCCCCCUCCAAGUUCUACUCCUCCACCUCCGCAGGAUACUUCUUUCCCUGCUCACUCCACUUCCCCUGAAUUUCCUCCUCCACCAUCCCCAGACAUGCUAAUCCAUACCAGCUCAUCUUUCAAUGGGAGCCUCAGUCCACCCCCUCCCCCACCUCUCCCUGCCAUAGGGCCCCCUCCACCUCCUCCACUUCCUACUUUUGCUUCAGUGUGUACCUCUCUUCCUAAGAAGACAGCAAAAGAUCCUCCUAAGGUAGAUCUUUCCAAUAACCCCUCAAAGUCAUCCAAGCCCUUGAUCACCCCAUUUGCGCUGCAGAGUGUUCAGCUCCGCUCAGUUAGACAACCAGAAAAUGAAAUCAACAGUAAAUCAGACAACAUCAAAACAAGUCUAGAAACCAUUUUGGGUCCGAAACAUCAGGACCAGGAGUUGUCUUACUCUCAAGGGAAUCCCACUGUACUGAGCUCGUUGACUGGCUCAUCAGAACAAGAUUUGCUCAAGAGCCCGCCAUCACCUGUGUCGCAGCUUCUGGAAGAGCUAUCACUGGACUGCAGUUUCACAGAUGAAACACCAGAUGGCGCUCCCAUCAAUGGGGAAACUGAAGAACAGAGUUACCGUAUGCUAAACGGUGAAGAAAACAAGGAACGUAGCUCCCCCAUCAAACAAAAGCCCCCAGCCGUCGCCAAGAAACCCAAAGUUUCUCUGGUAUUACCGUUUAGUAUAGGCGAACAUGUCCAGCCACAGCUUCAGGAUGCAACUCCUCUAACCCAAGCAGAUGACCAAGUGGAUGCACCACACAGGCAGAUAGAUGAGGAGGUGGUAGAGCAGAGUGAGGAACAGGAAGAGGAGGAUACUCAAGAUAGCUUUGAGCUGUCAGGCAGAGGUGAGACAUCACCAGACCAGGAUGACUCCUGCUGUUCAAGUGAAGACAGAAGUGUUGAUCAUGAACUUGCAAACGGAGAGGCUCAUGAAGAAGAAGAGGAAGAGGAAGAAGAUGGACGGAGUAGCACCACUGGGUCCAUCAGCUCCAAGGAUGAUGAUAUGGGUGAGGUUUUUGAACCCAGCACGGCUGAAUCCUCUCCGGCCCCGUCAGCGAACGGGGUGUCUGAGAAGAACAUGGUGACCCCGACUCCCACUGCUGCCCGACCCAGAACCACAGAGGACCUCUUUGCUGUGAUUCACAGGUCCAAGCGGAAGGUUCUGGGACGUAGGGAGUCUGAAGAAAACAAAUCCCGAACUGGGAGCCAGCCCCAGUCUCCACCAUCGACCCCCACCAGCCCGUCUCCGGGGUCGGUGUCUUCACUGCCCCGCCAGGCGGGCUCUAUCCAGCGCAACCUCCGCAAGACCUCCACCAGCAGCGAUUCCUUCAAGGCCCUCCUCCUCAAGAAGGGAAGCCGCUCCGAGACCAGUUUCAGGAUGUCUGCCGCCGAGAUGCUUCGCUCCACUGACCCUCGCUUCCAGCGAACACGCUCGGAUGGCGCGCUAGACCCCGGUCUGAGUUCGCCCACCUCGCCCAUGACCCCAGGCAGCCCUUCCAACUCUCCCAGCAGAGGUAAGAGGGCAUCCGAAGUGGAGUGGAGCCGCUACGAGGGUCUGUCGUCGCCAACGUCCUCGCCCUACUCGAUGGGCAUCCCAAAGUACGGACGCUCUCGCACGCCGCCGUCUGCCGCCAGCAGUAAAUAUAACGCCCGGAACAGAAUCCUCAGCAGCCCCAUGACCGUGAUCUGCGAGCGGGAAGGAGAGCUGGCUGAGAGCGAGAAUGGAGAAACUGCUGAAGAUGUGUCCAGCUCAGCGGUCCGGACUCUCCCCGUGCUCACAGACACUUGAUGGCAAAGGCACUUGAUGAGCUGAGCUCAUGUGGAACAUAACCUAGAAGGGGGUCCGAAGAGGGGCCUCCUCGAGCUCCAGCCCGCUUUGUGCUGCCUCUGCAGGAGGGAUUUGAUGCCGGUGGUCAUCUGAUCAUGAACCACGCAAACCUGUCUGAAGUGGAAAAAUGGCUCUGCUCCUAUGAUUUCAUUCAAUCUAGUGAUUCACCUCCUGUUAAAAGAAGUUGUUCUUAAACAUCUGGUGUCUUUUAUUUAAACGUUUUAAUCAUCCCUCUAGUUUAAUUAAAGAACAAGCAUUUGAGGUCAAGCUAAGGUGACUUGAAGGAAUCAAAGUUGUAAACAUUUAACUUUGCAGCUGUGGUUUUUGAAGAGACUGGAAAGUAAAGAUGUGGUUUUUGCUCAGCUUGUAAAAACUCAGUUUCUGUGUUUUGCUGACUGGCUUUAGAAAGUGACUGAAAGCAGCACCGUUUACAAAGUCAAACUGAAUGGAGGACCAGGUACAGCAGACAGAAAGCCUGACGGUACACCUUCAACUGUAGAAACACCAGCUUUUUACUUUCUGCUCACAGCUCAGCCGUUAAUGUGUUCAGUGGUCCACAGACGUGCAGAGGGGCUCAGUGCUGCCGCCUAGAGAUGGACGGAUCAGUGAGGACGAUACCUAGACUGGAUGAAAAAAAUCUUGACUUUUAGUUGGUAGACUUUGCACUGUGCAUAGAUCUGUUUCUGUUUGAAUUAUGUUUUAAAGCUCUUUUUAGUCAUGAGUUGUGUUUGGGAGUUAAAUAUAAACCUGUAAAUGUAUAUUAAAAGAUCUUAUUUUAUUGUCCAGCUCUUUUAGUUUUCAUGUGGGUAACCAAAGAGUUUAUUAUUAAACAGAACUGGCUGUUAAUCUGAA